AGUGUGCUGUGGACUCAGUGUGGUAUACAGGGCUAGUGUAGUGCUGGGUGUGGAGCGGUCAGUGUGCUGUGGACUCUGUUGUUCUACUAGUGAGGAUGUUGCUGACUUUCUAUCUUCUCUUCAUCGGGCUUCCUGUCUCUGAAGGCUGCACUCUGGAAAACAGAGGAAGACCAUUGUUUAUCACUGCACGUACAGGAGAGUCAGUGCUGCUGCCCUGCUACUGCACUGACCACGUGCCACCUGACGCAUUUCUUUGGGUGAAAGAGAACACAGAUAGCAACGAGUGGGAAGAGGUAUCCAGUGAGAGCGGUCAGUACAGAGACAGAGUUCAGCUGGUUAAUGGUCACUCUCCAGGAAAUCUCUCUCUACUCAUAUCACACCUGACUGAAGAGGAUGGAGGAAAUUACAGGUGUGAAGUUAAAGGGAGCGGAUACACAGACAUCAGACUCACUGUUGAAGGUUGUAAUCUGGAAAAGACUGAUAUAACACAAUAUAUCACAGCACGUACAGGAGGGUCAGCACUGCUUUCCUGCUACUGCACUGACCUACACACCAAACCUGAGACAUUCACCUGGAAGAAACUCAACACAAACACAAAUAUGUAUGAAGAGAUAUCAGGUGGGAAAGGUCAGUACAGAGACAGAGUUCAGCUGGUUAAUGGUCACUCUCCAGGAAAUCUCUCUCUACUUAUGUCACACCUGACAGAAGAGGAUGGAGGCUUUUACCUGUGUGAACUCAAAGGAAAUAAACGCACAUACAUCAAACUCACUGUUGAAGAGGGCUCAACUAAAACCACAACAUCUACUGCAAUCACAGCUUCCUUUCAAACACCUGUCAGUACUGCCUCUCAAACUCCAAGUAUGCAUUUAUCCAUCGUUAUCCUUGUUGUUCUCUUGCUGGGACUUCUCCUGCUGGGAGGAGUCGUCUACUGGAGAUACAGAGGACAGAGACAGGGACAGAUGGAGAGUGGAGAACAAAAAGGGAUGGAGAGAGAGCAGGAGACACAGGAUCAAGUGACGUACUCUACUGUAGUCCACAAUAACAGAACCAGCACCCCCACUGCAAUUCAUACAGAAGAUAUGACUGAAUAUGCCUCCAUCAGAGUGAAUUGAUAACACCCUCCCACCUCCACCAUGUGAAUAUUUGAUACCGCUGUUGUCAGAACAAAACCUUGUAUCUCCAAAAUGGUCACUUUACAGAAGAAGGAAAAAACACACUUUACU